AUGUCGGCUCAAGUGAAAACGCUGAAUGGCGUGGCUUUGGUAACAGGCGCAGGAUCUGGAAUCGGGCGUGAACUAUGUCUCGCCUAUGCCCAGGCAGGAUGCAGGGCUAUUGUACUGGCCGACAUCAAAAUUGAGGGCAUUGACGAAACAAUUUCGUUGAUAAAAGCCCGAGGAUAUACGGUACAGACACUUGCAUUAGAGACAAAUGUUACAGAUGUCGUGUCUGUGAAACGCAUGGUCUCAGACACUGUCAGCACAUUUGGAAGCCUGGAUUAUGCUGCCAACGUCGCCGGAAUCACAACAACCGCUCGCGUACCAACCGCCCAGUACCCCCACGAAGAAUACGAUAAGAUCCUUGAAAUCAACACAAAGGGCAUUUUGAUCUGUAUGCAGGAACAGAUACAGGUGAUGCAAAAGCAGAACCCUACCUGCACCCCGGGAAUCGACAACCCACUUCGAGCACAGAGAGGAAGUAUUGUCAAUAUUGCCUCCAUCACUGGAUUUGCUGCCUUGCAAAAUAUGAUGCCAUACAACGUCUCAAAGCAUGCUGUCAUCGGUCUCACAAAAUCUGCAGCUAUUGACCAUGCCCCGCAAGAGAUUCGUAUCAACGCCGUGUGUCCAGGUAUGACUGAGACACCCAUGGUUGCGGCUAGGAAGACUUCUACUGUACCGGGAAAGUCCAGGGGAUGGGCUGUGGAGGGAAAUGGAAGGCAGAGACUCGCUAUACCCGAGGAAAUUGCUGAUGUGUGUAUAUUCUUAAGUGGCUGUGGUGCUAGCUAUAUGUCUGGGUCAUCGGUUACAGUCGAUGCGGGACACCUGGCGGCAUUGCGAUAUGACCGCAGCUCGUGUUAA